ACAAAAGCUAAAAAUAUGGUCUUACACUCGUCAGUCAUCCACAACUUUAUCUGAUUUUGUCACAAUACUAUCGCUAGACUAUGGAUGCCAAUCCAAGCACGAGUAGUCCAGCUGGUGGUGGUGCCCCAUCCAGCAAAUUAUCAGAUGUUUUCUAUGGCUGGGACCUGCUUUAUAGAACAAUAGAGCACAGUGUUAAUAAGAAGGCCGAUUUAUUGAUAGCACUCGCCCAUUUUUUGCUCACUAAACAUCAUAGUUUCCGUUGCAUCGGUAUUGGGGAGGAUAAAACGCUGCUGGAGGAUGAGACCGGUUCCGAGCUACUGCCCGAUUGUUGGAAUGAUGGGGACAUAAAAUACUCACUACGAUACGUACACUACAAGAAUCUGUUUCUGUUAAUGGGCCAUGUAGCUGAGGACGUCUUGGUUAUUAACUUACUGGACACCAAUACCAGGCAGGUGUCAAAUAUUUGCCUUGAGCCGGAAUCUUUGGUAGCAUCGUUUACAGGCAAUAUUUUCACACUUAUGCCGACAGCAGAGGAAAUCGUUGAACGUUAUCGGAAGGAGCUUUUGGAACCAGUGUUCCAAGGAAAUUCUCGCGAAGUCACCACACAAACAUCUUCACCGCCUGCGAGAUCUGUCGACCCCUUGCGAGUGGCCGAACCCAUACAUCUGAAUCCAUUUGUUCCAAUGAGUUAUGACCAACGGCGACCCUAUGGCUUCCCCGAAGUUGGACGCGGAGAUUUGGAUCCGCUUGGUCGCGGUCCUGGCAACUUGCUGCAAGUCCCAUCACAACCGGAUUCGUUACGACCUAGCCCCCGAUUUGAUCCUUUUGGACCGCAAAAUCCAAAUCAAUAUGAUCCCAAUCCGGAUCAUGAGCAACCACCCGAUUAUUACUCGUAGCUUACGGAUGGUCGGCGACAAAAAUUAUUCUCCAAUUAAAUUCCCCGUUUCUAACAACAUUUCUUACAAAUAAAUAUACCAUAGCCCGAUAAAAUA